AUGCCCUCUUUCAAAUCAGUUCUAGUCGCCCUUAUUGCCGCCAGCACCACGCUUGCUGGCCCAAUCGUACGUCACGGGCCUGUCCAAGUGCGACGGGCUGUCAUGUGCCGCGACGGCAUUACGGCCGAUCCAGACCCCGUGUCGCUGCCGGUGCCGGUGCCGGGAGUGGACGAGCAGGAGGACCAGUUGGAUCCCGUCCAGUCCGAGCUCGAGGACGAGGACGACGAUUCCAGGGGAUUGGAAGCGCGCCAGUCCCGCACUGCACAGCAAACAAAAACCGGAACGCGAAAGACGGUCACUGGAGGGAAACAGCGCGGCGGGGGGACGACAGCUGCUGCAUCCAGAGGUUCGAGCUCAUCGGGUGGUAGAACACUGAAUCCGGGCAUCCUUAACGCGAUAUCCGCCCCGCCGUUGCCUGUGAGCUCCGACAGAAAGAUACCGAUCGGGAUUCUGCUCGAUCGUGGAUUGGAAGAGCGCCAGUCUCGGACUGCACGACAGACAAAGGAUGAACAAGCAAAAGGUGGAACGACGCGAAAAGGAGCGCCCGCGAGCAAACAAGGCGGCGGCGGUGAGACAACAACGUUGACCUUGACAAAGCCAGUGAGGAUAACUCCGGAAAUUAUUGCGCAGAUAUCUCGGCCGCCGCCGUUGGUUGUCACUUCUAGAAAAAAGAAAUCGGAUAUUUCACUUGGCCCUGGACCGCAAGUGAGCAAGGCCGCUACACGAUGA